UCCAUUAUGACGCGCAUAGUCCUCGUCAUCGCCGCGGCGUGUCUGCUGGCGCCACCGUCGCUGGCGGCUCCGUGGCUCAGGACUCGCGGCCACGGACGCAUCCUCAACGGCACGCCGGCCGACAUCGCAGACUUCCCCUGGAUGGCCUUCUUGCAGAUCCUGGACAGCACCGGAUGCAGUGCAUCGAUCAUCAGUAGCACGUGGGCGCUGACGGCAGCGCAUUGCGUUCUCUCGGCCCAGACACCCACCGCCCACACGAGCUUGCGUGUCGGCUCGUCCAGCCGCGAGAGCGGCGGCGUUCGGCUCGACAUCGCCCAGUUGAUCAUGCACGAGGACUUCAAGUACCCCACUCAAUCACACCCUGAGAUCGACUAUGACGUCGGAGUCGUCCAGCCUUCUGAGCCCUUCCCACUAGGCUCGAACGUACAAGCGGUCAACCUCCCUGCCGACGGAUACGACCCUCCAGCAGGUCUGCCAGCCACCGUCUCUGGCUGGGGCCAAACCUUGAGUGAGAACAUCCCCGUCUACCUGCAGCGGGCGGACAUGCACGUCGUGGACCGCGACACCUGCCGUGAAAUGUUGGCCGACGUGGCGCCGGUGACGCUGGGCAUGGUGUGCGCGGGGGACCCCACGAUGGCCACCUGCAGUGGGGAUUCGGGCAGUCCCCUGGUCUAUGGGGACACUCAGAUCGGCAUCGAUUCCUGGAGCAGGCCGAACUGUUUCAGUGCCGCUACCGUCUAUACCAGCGUGGGCUGCUACAGAGCCUGGAUCAGGAACAACAAAGGAGUUUAACAGACAUGGCGUAUGGCUUCACUAGCUGUACACUGGAACAUAGUUGUGUUGUUUUAUGCUUCAAACUGUAAUUUUUCUUUACAAUUGUCCUAAUACGAGGGCAGUUCAAUAAGUAAUGCAACACAUUUUUUUUCUGAAACAGGGGUUGUUUUAUUCAGCAUUGAAAUCCACCAGGUUAUUCCCCAAUCUUUUAGCUACACAACACUAUUUUUCAACGUAAUCUCCAUUCAAUGCUACGGCCUUACGCCACCUUGAAAUGAGGGCCUGUAUGCCUGCACGGUACCAUUCCACUGGUCGAUGUCGGAGCCAACGUCGUACUGCAUCAAUAACUUCUUCAUCAUCCGCGUAGUGCGUCCCACGGAUUGCGUCCUUCAUUGGGCCAAACAUAUGGAAAUCCGACGGUGCGAGAUCGGGGCUGUAGGGUGCAUGAGGAAGAACAGUCCACUGAAGUUUUGUGAGCUCCUCUCGGUGCGAAGACUUGUGUGAGGUCUUGCGUUGUCAUGAAGAAGGAGAAGUUCGUUCUGAUUUUUGUGCCUAUGAACACGCUGAAGUCGUUUCUUCAAUUUCUGAAGAGUAGCACAAUACACUUCAGAGUUGAUCGUUUGACCAUGGGGAAGGACAUCGAACAGAAUAACCCCUUCAGCGUCCCAGAAGACUGUAACCAUGACUUCACCGGCUGAGGGUAUGGCUUUAAACUUUUUCUUGGUAGGGGAGUGGGUGUGGCGCCACUCCAUUGAUUGCCGUUUUGUUUCAGGUUCGAAGUGAUGAACCCAUGUUUCAUCGCCUGUAACAAUCUUUGACAAGAAAUUGUCACCCUCAGCCACAUGACGAGCAAGCAAUUCCGCACAGAUGGUUCUCCGUUGCUCUUUAUGGUGUUCGGUUAGACAACGAGGGACCCAGCGGGAACAAACCUUUGAAUAUCCCAACUGGUGAACAAUUGUGACAGCACUACCAACAGAGAUGGCAAGUUGAGCACUGAGUUGUUUGAUGGUGAUCCGUCGAUCAUCUCGAACGAGUGUGUUCGCACGCUCCGCCGUUGCAGGAGUCACAGCUGUGCACGGCCGGCCCGCACGCGGGAGAUCAGACAGUCUUGCUUGACCUUGCGGCGAUUAUGACACACGCUUUGCCCAAUGACUCACCGUGUUUUUGUCCACUGCCAGAUCACCGUAGACAUUCUCCAAGCGCCUAUGAAUAUCUGAGAUGCCCUGGUUUUCCGCCAAAAGAAACUCGAUCACUGCCCGUUGUUUGCAACGCACAUCCGUUACAGACGCCAUUUUAACAGCUCCGUACAGCGCUGCCACCCGUCGGAAGUCAAUGAAACUAUACGAGACGAAGCGGGAAUGUUUGAAACUAUUCCACAAGAAAUUUCCGGUUUUUUCAACCAAAAUUGGCCGAGAAAAAAAAUGUGUUGCAUUACUUAUUGAACUGCCCUCGUAAAUACUCAUCCUGAAAACUUAGUCCGACAAACUGAAACUCUCACUUGCCAUUUCCAUUUGGAUAUAUGAAUUUGCUUUGUAUGUUCAAAGACAAAAUACUUAUACUGAUAUAUGGAACAAUAUGCUAAUCUAUGUCCACUUAACCCCUUCCUACUACUGGUUUAGUGUUCCAAGAAAUCUGUAGGGAUCACCUAUUGUACGGCUAAUGCAGCUACUAGCCAAAUCAGCAAGCGAUAACACUAUACACAAUACAUGUGGUCAUGCUUUACGUAUGUUAACUGAGUGAGGUAAUGCUGUGGUUUCAACAAUGGACUCGACUCCGGAAGGAUGACGCUUCAAAUCCCGUCUAGCCAUACGGAUUUAGGUUUCCUCUGAUUUCUCUAAAUGCUUAAGGCAAAUACUGGGAUGUUUCUUUCGGAAGGGCAUGACCGAUUUCCUUGCCAGUACCUCCCUCAUCCGAGCUAGUGCUCCGUCUCUAACGACCUAGUUGUCGAAGAAAUGUGAAGCACAGAUCUUCCUUCCUUGCUUCCAGACAUUUGGCUGAGGCUCAAGAUUGCGCUGGCACCAUUGUUCCAUUAUGUAUAUUGUUGUAAUAUGCGUGGUGGUUAACUUACAGAACUUCAGACACCAAGAUCCAUUAACUUUACAUUAAUUUAAUUUGCUGUCUUUUCUACUCAGCAGAUACUAAGACUUAAUAAUAAUAAUCAUUUUCUUGUAGAUGUACAACGAUUUAUUUUAUUUAUUGAUGUACUGCAUCAAAGGCUGUAAUCAGGAGGUAACUUAACCGACAGGCAGUGAAAAUAUAUGUAAUUUUUCAUGUAUUAUUUUCAUUAUUACGAACUUUUAUUAAAUUUCUCGCUAACAGCUAUAUGAAUUGAAACAAAAUUAUUUAAGAUUCAUCGACUGUACAUGACGUUUCUAGAGGGCGGUAGUAACGUUGCUCAUCAAAUUCAGCCAAUAUUAUAGCUUAUUGAUUCUGCUCUAAGGUGAUGAAGGAUGGAAUGAUCAAGUGAAUUGUCUUCGUGUCACCCUGGUGAAAUAAUCUGCUCUCAUCUGAAGAUAUAUCUAUAGAUAAAGUCUUCAGAACAAUCCUACAACACACUUCCCACAGAAACCACAUUUUCCCCCCAUAUCACAAUUGGGAAUAAGUCAAAAAUACUUUCUCAGCAUCUACCAUAAGAGCAGGCAGGUAACCUAUAUAAUACAUGUAGAUAAGGAGGGAAUGAAAGAAAUAAUACUGUAGAGUAUGUGAUAUAGCAACUUGUGCUUUUCAUUUUGUAACACGAUAACUAUGUGUAAAAGACCCAACAGUUAGUUUUUGUUUUACUUCUUCAGCAGUUAGAAAUUGAUAGGGGUUGUGCUUGUUGCAGGCACAAACAGAAUGAGCUGGCCUGCGUCCAGAAACAUCUAGAAGCUGUGUGGGCUAUUGACAGAGGCUGCUGCUCUAAGAUGCAAUGACAUAGAGAGGCUGGUGGGCAAGAUAUGACACCUCUGUUCUCAUUAGAAUUCCUUGGGAACACCGAUUUUACUAUGUCUUUAGAUGCGAGACGUCUGAUCAAUCACAGGUCAGAGGUGAGUCCGCAUUUCUCCGAACAGAUUGCAAUUGUGGGAACAGAAACAACUAACUGUCCUGUGUGACGUCUCAGCCAGCAUGGAAUGCCUCGUCCACUGGGCCAGCGGCCAAUUUUACGUUUAAGUGCGGACAAUUGGAGAGGGUAGAUUUACUGGUUACUGGGACCUUGAGCAGAGGUAUUGUUGGCAUUGUAACCUUCCCACAAAAAUUUUAAAAUGACAAAUUAUUAGAAAUGGAACCAAGAGUAACCUUCCCGCAAAAAUAUUA